CGCUCGCGCCCCUGUGAUUUCUUCCGGGUUCCUCACGCACUUUGUUUUGUUUGGGUGGAUCCUCGCGGCGCUCCGCGAUGACAGAAACUCGUCGCGCUCCGCCGCUGUAGCUUUCUGCGUUUCUCCCCCGAGACUUUGCGUAAACGAACCAUGUCGUGCGCGCGCGUCGUCGCUCGGUAGAGGCGGACCGGACAGAGUGACUUCACCGGGACUUCGACCGGACCUGAGACACCUGUUGCUCCAGUUUCGUCUGACAGGUGCCGCCGUUCUCGCCCCAGCCAGGCAGCCGCUCCCGGGGUCGAGUCACCGACCCGGAAACUUGGAUUCCUCGCUUUACUAAUUUCACAACAUUUGACCUUGACGGCUGCCAUGAAAGUCACCGUGACGUUCGGGGACACCGCGGUGGUGGUUCCCUGUAAACCUGCGUGGACCGUCCGGGAUUUAAUCGAGCAAGCCACGCGGAGGUACCGGAGGAUCUUGGAGCAGUAUGAGGAGAGUGAAGUGAAGACCCACCACUUGACGAACAUGUUAGGAGGGAUCAUGGACAUGGACGACCUGCUGAUCGACCUGUUGGAGGACCGGGAGAAGCUCGUGGCGGUGUUCGACGUCCAGCGCGGGCGGACGGGGAGUCCCCGGGAGACCGUCUCCAACGGCUCCUCCAGCGCCGCGCCGAGCCCCGAACCGCUGCACUACUUCUCCCACCCGCCGUUCCACCUGCAGCAGCCAAUCAGAGGAGAGAUCGAAGUCAACGAGGCCAUCCUCAAAGCCAACAAUACUCUGUUGGUGCGGAGCAGCAGCGACCCGAUCCACGAGGCCCGAGCCCCGCCUCCACCCGAUGACCGCGGCAGCAGGACUCCUGACCCGGAAAUCAACAAUUUGCUGAAAGGCCCUCUGGACCAACUGCACAGGGACGCCCCCCCCGCCAAGAUGGGCAAAGUGAACUAUAACACCCUGACAAAGGUGGUGGAGUUUCCAGGUGACUGGGCACCCCUGGGUAUCCAUGUGAUCCCGUACUGCUCCUCUCUCAGUGGACGGACCCUGGGCCUGCACAUUAAAGGCAUCGAGGAGAACAGCCGCUCGGCGAGGGAGAAUAUCUUCCAGCAGGACGAGUGCAUCGUGCUCAUCAACGACACGCCGCUCCAGGACAAGACCUUCGCGCAGUCACAGGAGGUGUUCCGCCAGGCCAUGAGCUCGCCCUCCUCCACCAUCCGCCUGGAGGUCCUCCCCCCGGCAAACAAGUCGCGCUACGAGAAGAUGCUGAUCGGUCAGCUUUUUACCGCCGACGGCAAAGAACCCCCCCCCGCGAGAGCAAAGAGUCCGCUGGUGACCCGGGCCGAACCGGAGCCCAAACACGACGCCGGCGCCCGACCGGAAGCGAGGCGACCGGAAGCGAGGCGACCCGACGCUCGCGCCGAGACGCCGGAGACGGCCGAGCCGUACCCGGCGCCGGCGGAGCGCCGGCCCGGGCCGGGCUCCCUGGAGAGAAUCUCACCCACACACCCGACCAGAGGGGCGAGCGCCUCCCCGACGCCGCGGCCCCAGAGCCAGAGCCCCCGGGCCGGCCAGAGCCCCGUGCCCGGGCAGAACCACCCUCUUGGCAGAAAAAGCAGCAAGAAGAUGAAGAUCGACCUGAAGAAAGGCGGCGAGGGUCUGGGCUUCACCGUGGUCACCCGGGACUCCGCGGCCCACGGGCCGGGGCCCAUCCUGGUGAAGAGCAUCCUGCCGCGCGGCGCCGCCGUCAAAGACGGCCGCCUGCAGCCCGGAGACCGCAUCCUGGAGGUGAACGGAGUGGACAUGACGGGCCGCAGCCAGGAGGAACUGGUGGCCAUGCUGCGCAGCACCCGGCAGGGAGAGAACGUGUGUGUGGUGGUCGCGCGGCAGGAGGACGUCUUCCUGCCGCGGGAACUGAAAGGGGAGGAGGACGGCAGUCUGGUGUUGGAGGACGGCAGAGAGCAGCUGAUGUACGAGAUCCCCCUCAACGAGUCGGGCUCGGCCGGCCUGGGGGUCAGCCUGAAGGGCAACAAGUCCAGGGAGACCGGGGAGGACCUGGGCAUCUUCAUCAAGUCCAUCAUCCACGGCGGGGCCGCUCACAAGGACAGCCGGUUGAACGUCAACGACCAGAUGAUCGCGGUAAACGGCGAGUCGCUGCUGGGACACUCCAACCACGCCGCCAUGGAGACGCUGAGGCGCUCCAUGUCGUCCGAGGGCAACGCCAGGGGCACCAUCCAGCUCGUGGUGCUGCGCACGUCCAGACAGCUGCAGCAGAUGGGCGGUGGCAACGCGGCACCGACCACGAACGGGUCCGCCGCCAAUCGACCCAACAACCCCGCGGCCUCCAGCAAUCAGGAGCCGCGGGGCCUCACUGCACACCAGGGGCCCUCGGGACCCUCCAGACCCCCGAACUCGGAGCUCAGCAGGAACGGCGCGAGUCCCGCCCCGAUGGCGCCCGGCAACUACGCGCAUGGCGACCCCGGGAGCGCUCUGUAUCCCGCCGCGACCACCAACGGCAGCCACCGUUACUACGGCAACGGCGACGAGGACGGCUUCCCCCCGGCGCCCCCUUUCGCGGCCACGGAGGCAAUGAAGAGAGACUCGCCACGGACCCUCCCACGCCACAGCGAGUUCCAGAAGCAGCACCGCGCGGCUUUCCAUGCAGACGUGCCUCGCAACAGAGCGUCCAAGAGCAUGGACCUGGUCGCUGAUGAGAGCAACAUGGGAUCGCUGGCCGGGCCGAGGAACGAGCCCUCCACCGGCGAAGCGAUGGGCCCGACCCUGGGCCUCUGGAAGUCCAGCUCCCUGGAGAGUCUCCAGACGGCCGUGUCAGAGGCCAACCAGAGCCGCAGCAAGGCCCAGGUGCCCUUCCACCGGCCGCGGCCGCACAUGGUGCGAGGGCGCGGCUGCAACCAGAGCUUCCGCAUCGCCAUCGACAAGUCCUACGACGGGCCCUCUGAAGACGACGACGACCUGUCCGACCACAGCUCCAGCUGCGAGACGCCCGCCAGCAGCUCCUCUCGCCAGGGCCUGGACGAGGAGGAAGGAAGGAAGAAGAAAACUAAAGGGAAGAAGAAAGAGAAGAAGAGCAAAGGGAAGAGCGUGGACGACGUGGAGAAGAAGACCAAGAAAAAAGGAUUUGGCCUCUUACGAUUUGGGAAGAAGAAAGACGACAAGAGCAAAGAUGUCGCCAAGGCGCCCAGAAGCAAACUGGAGGCCCUCAGUGAGGAGGAGGUGGACCGGUACCAGGGCCAACGUGGCAGCUACGACCCGCGCCACACCGAGAUCCAAGCCGGCCACAGCACCCCAGACUCCGCCUCCUUCCCCGAAGUGGAGGACGACGACAGCGACCCCAACUACGCCCGCAUCAGCAACUUCCGCCAGCAGCCCUCGCCGCAGCCGUUCAUCAGUCGCACGCCGUCCCCCGCGCCGCUGCCGGGCGGGCCGAACCCCCUCAGGGCCUCCUCCGAGGAUCUGGAGGGCCUCUACGCCAAGGUCAACAAGACCAGGCCCCCGCCGGCUCUCCAGAACCAGCAGCUGACCCAGGCGGACAGUGACCAGCGUCUCCAGGCGCCGCGCAGGGAGCACCAGCCGGCCCGCGCCGCUCCGAGCUACGACGAGCUCGACGCCCAACGCCGCAGGGUCCUGGAGCACGACCCGCACCGGAUGGCGCCCAGAGGUCCCGACUCUCGGCCCGCGCCCCGCUACGAAGAGGUGGAGCGGCAGUACCCCACACAGCCCAGGAGGGAGCCAUAUGAUUACCCCACCCACUCCAGACCCGUGGCGAGAGAGCCCGCCUACCCCGGCCACUACCACGACCCUCCGGUCCAUCAGGCGGCGGCGGCCGACCCGCGCCCCUACCCCCCGUCCUCCGGCGCGGGACAGCAUCAGCGCGCGGCGGCGAGGCAGGACGUCCCCCCGUCUCCCCCCGCGGGCCGCAGGGGGCGCCACUACUACGAAGCCGCCGGAGGGCGGCUCGACGGCCACCGGCAGGCCAGCCCCGACGCCAGGGAGCGCUACGCCUACGGGGACGACGGGCAGCCCGACAGACAACCCGACCCCAGGCGGAAGAACCCCUUGAUCGGGGCGGUGUGAGGACGGACCCAUCACACACAGAAUCUAAAUAACUCCACAUUGAUGCGUCUCCAGCUUUGUGGAACCUGACGUCGGCUGUCUGGCUCCCGGUGAGGAUCAGUGAGGUUCGGCCGUCUUAACUUAUCUGAUCAGGAACCAUGAAACGCUUUAAGUGACAAGCUGGGGGCUAAAAUGAGGCUUAUCUUCAGAACCAUCUGGUCAUAACUCUCUCCACAGGCCAAGACAGAUUUAACAAGUGUGUGUGUGUGUGUGUGCGUGCGCCUAUGUGUGUAUGUGUGUGUGAAAGGUUUUAAUUAAGGCCAAUUCAAUAUAUAUAUAUAUAUAUAUAUAUAUAAGUAAACUUAGUACACAUUUAGUGUGUCGAAUCAACUUUUUCCAGCAUUUUGCACAAGCUGAUCCAACUGAAGGAAAUCAAGAACCUUGACCAGCCGGGCUGGAGACACAGGAAGUUGAAGUGGACAAACAGGAAAAGGAAGCGACUCCCCUUCAAAGUAUCCUCUCGUCCUUGAUGUCUCAUCUCGGGGUCUUCCUUUCCAUCCGGAUAUCACGCUUAGAUUUUUGUAGUUUUGCCUUUGAUUCUUUGGAUGUUGACGUGGCUGAUGUAUUUACUUCAGACGUAUAAAAUGCAUAUGAAUUUAUUUGUGAUAUAUAUUGGUGGUGUUUCUAAUGAAAAUGUAUAAAUGUUGAUCCGCACACAGAUUAUUCUGAAAGUGUUCUGUGUGAAUCCUCACAUGGUGCAGCUAAUAAAGAGCUUAAUACGAUUUAUUUUUAAUCUUUUGACAUGUCACUGAUCUGAGUCAAACAUGCUGUCCAAGGAAUGCACGGUACUUUUUUUUAAAUUUACAAAUAUUUUGCAUUAAACCUUUUGAAUAUUC